GCCAUCGGGUCUUCCAGCAGGAAAAAGCGCCAACUUCCCCACCAUCGUCGGAAUAUUCAAACAGUCGAGUAAAUGGUUCGAAUGACUGCGUAUUUGGAGAAAUUUGUCAAACCUGAAACCGAAAUGAGUCGUUUUGUGGGGUGCGCUGUUGCGCUUCAGUAGCAGAUAAACGACAACAAAUCCACCUCCCUGAGGAAAGAUGUCAGUUCUGCAAGGUGAGAGUGUUGGUGCUGCGCAGGGGAGUCCCAUGAAGAAAAAUAGACUCUCUCUGAAGUUUUUCCAGAAGAAAGAGACCAAACGAGCUCUGGAUUUCUCUGAACCUCAGGCAGAAGAGCCCAAAACUGAACCACACGAGCCAGAGUCGAGCAGCUGUGAGCAGGUGGUUUUUGGUCCCCUGCCUUGCCCGGCCUCGCCUGGUCUUCCUGUCUCAUGCGAAAAGAAAGAUCAUUUGGUGCCUUUUGUGGGCUUCAACAACUUGGGUAACACCUGCUACCUAAACAGCAUCUUACAGGUUCUGUAUUACUGCCCAGGAUUCAGAGACGGCAUAAAGAACAUGUUCCUCUUGUCCAAAAGAGAAGACAAACUGAAGAAGGAAACUGAUCAAAGUGAAGAGCCACAGUGUCAGCAGUCUGACGGUGACGUUCUGCCGGCUCACAUCGAGCUCCUCGGGAGUUUCAACAGUGUGAUAAGUUCAGUCGAGCAGCUGCAAUCCAACUACCUGCUGAAUCCUGAGAGCUUCAGUGAAGGAGAGCUGGCCACGCCGCCUUGCAAAAUACUAAACAUGCUCAGACAGCUGAACCCUAUGUACGAAGGCCAUCUCCAGCACGACGCUCAGGAGGUGCUCCAGUGCAUCCUGGGAUAUAUCCAAGAAGCCUGUGACACCAUCAGGAAGGUGCAGGACUUGGAAAAGAAGGAUGAUGACGUUGGAGAAGUUAAAACGGAGGACAUCAGUACAGUUCCCUGUUGCUCCGAGGCUGAAUCCAAACCUUCCACAGACGAGGACGGCCAAGUCAGUGUCAAGAGGAAGAGUGACACGGAGGUGGGAAAUGCCAAGAAGAAGCCAAAGUCUGUCAAGUGUAAAAAAUCUGACUCUGCAGAGGAAAAUGUCUGCAGAAACGUACCCUUCACUCGCUCCAAGAGAAAGUCCUCCAGUGAUGUCACAGCUGAGCAUAAAGACAAGGAGGAGGAGAAGAAACUGAAUAAGGAGGAAGGGAAUGGAAAGGAAGAGAAAACUGAGAAAGUGUCUAAAGAGACUGAUGGGAAAAUAAAGAAGAGGGCUAAGCUUGGCUGGCUGAGGUCAUCGGGGAAACAGCCGAGUAUUUUCUCCAAGUUCUGCAGCGUUGGGAAGAUCAGCUCCACAACUGCGAAGAAUGAGAACAAAGCGGAGCUGGAAAAUGAAGUGAAGGAUAAACCAGAUGAUACGACUGGUCAGGAGAUGUCCACUCAAAACUCCACUGAGAAACAUCAAGACGUCUUGGGUUUGAUGGAGAAGUUGUUCCAGGGCCGAUUGGUUCUUAGGACUCGCUGUCUGGAGUGUGAGGGCUUCACAGAGCGGAGAGAGGACUUCCAGGACAUCAGUGUCCCCGUGCUCGAUGACCAGCCCAGCAGCCCAGAUGACCUCUCUGAGGUCUCUCCAGAUCCUAAACCGGAGUUGAAGACUCUGAAAUGGGCCAUCGCUCAGUUUGCCUCGGUGGAGCGCAUCGUUGGGGAGGACAAAUACUUUUGUGAGACCUGCCAUCAUUACACAGAGGCUGAAAGAAGUCUGCUGUUUGACAAAACUCCUCAAGUCAUCACUAUCCACCUGAAGCGCUUCUCUGCCAGCAGCUUGGAGUUGGACCCGUACGCAGGCCUCUGUAAAGUGAACACCCCCUUACAAACACCACUGACCUUGUCUUUGGAGGAGUGGUGCACAGAACCUUCAUCUGCUCACGGGCAGCAGUAUCAGCUGUUUGCUGUGGUCAUGCACAGCGGCGUCACCAUAAGCAGUGGCCACUACACCACCUACAUCCGCAUGUCUGGUCUGAAAGAGGUGAAGCUCUGGCCGGAGGACAAAAAAGAAGCUCAAGUGGAGACGUGCGAGAAAGAAAGUAAAGAGCAAGCACCGAAGGACGGAAAUCCAGACUACAACGACGGAGAAGUGUCUUUUAGUCUGAAGGCAAGGGGACAGAGGCGUGCAAGUUUGGCUAACACAAAGUCGGGGAACAAAAAGCUAUCGGAGGGUGGUGUUGGGCUCCUGGGAGGACAGAAGAGUUUGUCCAGUGUCGAGCUGGCAAACGGCAGCAAACAAGCAGAAAAAGCAGCCGGUCGUAGAGCAUCGGAGGGAUCAAAGCGAAGAAAGACCAUAAACCGCUCCGGGCUAAACACUGAUGGUGGACUUAAGACGGAGCCGAAGGCUGCAGAGGAGCCUUCAGUGGGGUCCUCAGGAGGACUGGAGGCAGCAGAUCAGCAGCCUUUGAAUCAUCUCCUCCAAUAUGAGGGUAAAUGGCUGCUUUUCGAUGACUCUGAGGUGCGUUUAUUUGAGGAGGAGGACUUCCUGCAAACCUGUUCACCCAAGACGUGCUCCUCGUCGACACCGUAUCUGCUCUUCUACAGAAAGAUGCCAGAGUGUGGACAGUAAAACGAGCAGGUCUUUAGGGAGCUCCUCCCCUAGUUGACAGACAUUUACAUCUGCGAUGCUUAGUGCCAAAACAUUUGUGGCCGUCUUAAAGUAAGGUUACUUUCAGUUCAGCAGUUUGUACCUGCAACAGCCUGCCUCUGUGGGACCAAAGCCAGAAACUUUACCAUGUGGGUUCAAAGUCACAUUUGUUUUUUUAACAUGUCAGGGAUAAAUACGCCUUGUGGUCUGUACCAUUGUUCCUUUGACACUGGCUUUAAUACGUCUGUCAAAUAUUCUGUCAUUGUUUCAGCCACAGGUACUGUGUGGUUUGAUUUUACACAGUGGUAAAAGCACGUAACUCGUCUCGUAAAGUCAGAUUUGAUGUUUAUUUUUUCUGACUUAAGAUUUUUUUCUGUAUCGUUUCACUAAAAGCCUUUUGAUGCACAUUUUGAAAUGUUGUUUUUCCCCUCAAUAUUUUUUUCUUGAACUUCUGUGUCUUUUUCUACAAUGAUCCCAUUUUCCUAUUUUUAAGGCAGCAGCCACAAGAAACAGUUGUGCAGCCCUAGAUUUUAAAUUAUUUAAAACAUUAAAGUUAAAAUUCUCUAAAGUGAUUUUCCUGAGGGAA